GUUCUGAAUACCAGCCUAAAGUGGAAGAGCCUGAGGCUGAAGGUGCAGUAUACUGUUUACACUGAAGGAGCUUGUGUGUGGACAAGAGGUGCUGGCAGCUCAAAUGGAUCCCAUGGAGCUGAGAAAUGUCAACAUUGAACCUGAUGACGAGAGCGUCAGUGGAGAAAGUGCUCAAGAUAGCUACACCGGGAUGGGUAAUUUAGAAAAGGCAGCAAUGAGCAGUCAAUUUACUAAUGAAGAUGCUGAAAGUCAGAAAUUCCUGACAAAUGGAUUUUUAGGGGAAAAGAAGCUGGCAGAUUAUGAUGAUGAACAUCAUCCUGGAACCACCUCCUUCGGAAUGUCUUCAUUCAACUUGAGUAAUGCCAUCAUGGGCAGUGGAAUCUUGGGCCUGUCCUAUGCCAUGGCCAACACGGGGAUCAUACUUUUUAUAAUCAUGCUGCUUGCUGUAGCAAUAUUAUCACUCUACUCAGUUCACCUUUUAUUAAAGACCGCCAAGGAAGGAGGGUCUUUAAUUUAUGAAAAACUAGGGGAAAAGGCAUUUGGAUGGCCUGGGAAAAUUGGAGCUUUUGUUUCCAUUACAAUGCAGAACAUUGGAGCAAUGUCCAGCUACCUCUUUAUCAUUAAAUAUGAACUACCUGAAGUAAUCAGAGCAUUCAUGGGACUUGAAGAAAAUACUGGAGAAUGGUACCUCAAUGGCAACUACCUCGUCAUAUUUGUGUCUCUUGGAAUCAUUCUUCCACUUUCUCUUCUUAAAAAUUUAGGUUACCUUGGUUAUACCAGUGGAUUUUCUCUUACCUGCAUGGUGUUUUUUGUCAGUGUGGUGAUUUACAAGAAAUUCCAAAUACCCUGCCCUCUGCCUGUUCUGGAUCACAGUGUUGGAAAUCUGACAUUCAACAAUACACUUCCAGUGCACAUGGUAAUGCUGCCUAACAACUCUGAGAGUAGUGGGGUGAACUUCAUGAUGGAUUACGCCCACCAGAAUCCUGCAGGGCUAGAUGAGAACCAGGCCAAGGGCUCUCUUCAUGGCAGUGGAGUAGAGUACGAAGCACACAGUGAUGACAAGUGUCAACCCAAAUACUUUGUAUUCAACUCCCGGACGGCCUACGCGAUUCCUAUCCUAGCAUUUGCUUUUGUGUGCCAUCCAGAGGUCCUUCCCAUCUACAGUGAACUUAAAGAUCGGUCCCGGAGGAAGAUGCAAACAGUGUCAAAUAUUUCCAUCACGGGGAUGCUCGUCAUGUACCUGCUUGCUGCCCUCUUUGGUUACCUAACCUUCUAUGGAGAAGUUGAAGAUGAACUACUACACGCUUACAGCAAAGUCUACACAUUCGACACCCCUCUCCUCAUGGUACGCCUGGCGGUCCUUGUGGCUGUGACGUUAACGGUACCCAUUGUCCUGUUCCCAAUUCGUACAUCAGUGACCACACUCUUAUUUCCCAAAAGACCCUUCAGUUGGAUAAGACAUUUCUUGAUUGCAGCCAUACUUCUUGCACUGAAUAAUGUUUUGGUCAUCCUUGUGCCAACUAUAAAAUACAUCUUUGGAUUCAUAGGGGCUUCUUCAGCCACUAUGCUGAUCUUCAUUCUUCCAGCAGUGUUUUAUCUUAAACUUGUCAAGAAAGAACCACUUAGGUCACCACAAAAGGUUGGGGCUUUAAUUUUCCUUGUGGUUGGAAUCAUCUUCAUGAUUGGAAGCAUGGCACUCAUUAUAAUUGACUGGAUUUACAAUCCCCCAAAUUCCAAGCAUCACUAA